UUCGCAGAGGCUGCAGUCAAACGAGGGUUUUGUGAACGGUACAGCAAGUGCAAGUCGAGGAACUCUGUGGACGCGGUACGCGAGUGUCAACGGAAUCGCGUAGAAUUUCAUUUGUUUUAAAAACGUUUUGAGAAGUGUUGUCUGUUGCCAGCUUGCCCGUCGACCUGAGGUGACUGAACGUAUACAGGCCGGAGACAAGUUACAGUUUUAGGCCUCUGGCGAUGAGAUAAACGGUAACCAUCGGAAGCAAACAUUCACGGCGAAUAGUUGUAGGAGUUCUAUUCCGGCCGAAUAUUAAUCGUGUGUUCCCCAAAAUCGCCUGCAGUGUCUCGAUCGUUUCUGGGAAUCAACAGAUUGUGCAUCCGCUCCACAUUGAGUUUGGAAAUGUCUACCUCUGCCGGACGGGAAACGGUUCAAUUCGGGAUUCGCCUCAGCAGUGGAGAAGUGCAAGACUCGUCCCUUGGGCAGUGAUGAAAAUGAACGUUUUUUAUGAUUUCAUUGAUUGAAAGGGAAAACAUGACGUGAACCUGGAAAACGCAUAAAAUCCAAACAAAGUGCGAAACGUCAAAAGCGUCGGUGGGGCGUCCGUGGUGAGUUGAGGAGUGGUGAAUUGGCGCGUACAGUACGGGAGCGAGCGGAGCUGGCGAGAGAUUGAUCCGUCUCGGCGCGGUCGAGAAACAAAAAAACGGCUGCGAUGACAUUUUACACUGGCAGUCCGCAAUGUCAAGUAGUGGGUCGGUGCGCGUUUGUUCACUUCGCAGCUUUAUUUUUCCUCGUUUCGCUUUGACUUUCUGCAUCAGAUGAAUGAAGUUGAGAACUUGCCGAUCGUAGUUGGAAUUAGUCUAGUUCGGCGUGUGUUGCGGUGUGAAGGGUGUCGACUAUUGCGUGCAUUGAGCGUGUAGUGAGUGGUCUGGGUGCAAGUGCCAAUUGUGAAAAACACGAAAAACGCCAGAGUUCGAUUGUAUAAGAAUUUUCGAAGCUGUAGUACUCGCCAGGCGGGACGCGUUCUGCUCUCGAGAUUUUUCAAGUGAAAAUCAUUCCCUUCGUCGAGUGCAUCCCCGCCCAAAACGGCCCACAUCCCGAGUUGGUAAAAUGGCCAGCUGGGCGCAAAGAAUGCAUCGGCGUGCUGCCGACCUCGGAAGUGUAGUUACAUCGUGCGGCCAUCCGGGACCUGGUCCCUACCCUCAUCGACUGGAAAAAGUGAAAUUUGGCGUGGCCCUCGAUGAGGUGUGCAAGAAGGACAUUCCCGGCCCAUUGCUCGUCCUGAUUUUGAAACUGAACAAGGAGGCUCCCCAGCGGGAGAAUGUGUUCCGGGCCCCCGGACACCAAGGCGCUAUGAAAAAAUUGAUACACUUCCUGCAAGCUGGGCGUCUAGUCAACGUGGAUAAUUAUUCAGUUUACACGAUAGCCAGCGUGUUGAAGAAGUUCCUGCGGAAGAUUCCGAAUGGAAUAUUUGGGCGGGAAGGCGAGGCUGAGCUGUUUGCAAUCGUCGAACUUUCCGAUGAAGCGGAACAACAAGAGAGAAUUCACAGACUUAUUACAUCACUGCCAAUAUAUACACAACGCUUAUUGGUGCUACUUUUUGGUACAUUCCGCGUCAUAGCCAGUAAUGCAGAACGGGCAGGUACUGGUAUGACCAGUGAAGCUCUUGGUGUUUCAGUAGCACCAAGUUUCUUCCAAUCAUGUGUGAGUGACGGCAAAACCGCACGUAUGGAAGAUGUUUUAAGAUUUAAGGUAGCAACGAGAAUUAUGAAACAAAUGAUUGAUCAAUUUGCCACUUGUGAUCUGUUUGGACGUGGUAAUUAUGAGUAUUAUGCACGUGUGACUGGACGAAUAUUGAAAGUACAAGAUGAGUGGAUAUGCAGUUUCCAGUAUCCACCUCCUCCUAGAGUUGAACUAUCACUGGAAGCAGGAAAAACAUGGCUACAAUGUGAAUGUGAAAGAUGGGGCUUAAUUGCUCAAGAAGAAUCUCAAUCGACACCGGCUCUAUUGACCAGCUCAAGUUCAGCUAUUGGUAAUAGUGCUCUUUCGCUUGGUAUCAUUCCAGAACAUUCAUUAUUAGAAUCAUGCGCACGUCUGUCCGUCUCACUUGAAGGUCCUGGUGUAUUUGCAAUAGCUGCCACAACAUCAUCGCAAUCAUCUAAUAAAAAUCAAGGACAUGAAUCACAUAGUAAUAGUAAUGGUAGCAAUGGUGGAUGUGGUGGUGGUUUAGUAGGCACAACAGCUGAUAGUAAUGGACUAAAAAGUUCAUCAAGUUGUUCAUCGACACGAUCGUCAAAAUCUGCAUCGGCUGCUAGUCAUCAUCAUAUGACCAUGGAUGAAUUGAGAGCGGUUAAUCGUUAUGCUGAAAGUACAAAAAGUCUAUCAUACUUGCCACAGGUCCAUGAACGCCAAACAGCCCGAAUGCGAACAAGAUCCGAGUGGUUUCUGGGCAACCGUGGAGGAUCCCUGGAACUAGCUGGUACAUGUGCCGGAUGCCACCAAUAUUUUGGCGGCAGUACAAACGAUUUGAAUCAGCACCAUGUCGGGAUUAGCAGUAAUAACACCAUGCUACUAAUGUUUCAACAGCAUCACCAAUAUCACCAUCUUGCUCAACACGAGCAACACCAACAACAUAUUCAUCAUCAGCACCAAACGCGAGAGCAACUACAAUGCAUGGACAUGGAUAUGCCAACCGAUGAGCAAACCUUAAGUGUAUUGAUGGAUACGAAUUUUCCACCAAUAUCGGUUGGCAACAUCGGCCUGAGUGCCAGUGCAGAGUCCGUUCAUUACCCUGUAAAGCGUCCAUCGCGUCGUGGACCUAGUACAGCGCGACAUCAUCCACAUCGUUCUUCAUCACGCCGAAACAAGGAGAAUGGUAAAUCUCAUGUGUCAACUACGGUGGCCGCAGCUGGUGCGGUUACAACAACAAUUUGUGGUGCUGGAUCGACAAGCACUGGAUGUCGGACAACAUCUGGAACAUCUAGUGGACAACAUCAACAGCACCGCUCAAAUAGUUUUCGCCAAAAGAAAUCAAAUAGUUUAUUGACUGAUUGUAGUAGUUGUACUAGUAGUAAUAACACAAAUUCAAAGUUACGUAAACCGCGAGCGGUUUCAUUCGAAUCAAAAGAAACCACAACAACCUGUGUGAAUAUUUCUAAUUUGAUGCAAAACAUUAAGACUUCCUCCAGUAGCAAUAGUGAUGUAAUUGUAGAAGUGAUGGAUACAACGCCACCUCCGCCAGAAAUCAUAGAACCAUUCCAUUCGCAAAUGUCUUCUGCAUCAUCUACAACAAUAUCUGGUACUCUUACGACGCCGUUAAUACUACCAACAACAACAUCACCAUCAACUGGCCUACAUGAAACACAACACACUUCCUACAUGCAUUUCAAGCCACCCCGACUCUAAGAGCACCAACAAGGUCAUUUAUGAACUAAAAUGUACAUAAGUGCCAAUCCGCUACCGCUAUUUAGCGCAAAAACUUGAAAACUGCAACGCAGAAUUAAGACACCCAUUCGAAUUCUUCCGAAAACUGUGUCGCAAAUAUCUAAGAUGAUAGUAUUUCAGUCACAUUUUUCAUGACUGAUCCAGUAUUUGCGUUGACUCCUAACAAACACAACACAAAACGAAACUAAGACUAAUUUCGAAUAAGCCAACAUGUAUUCCAUAAACGCCUUGCAAUAGUAUUUUCAGAAUUUAUAAGCCCACUGGAAACAUUGUAUGUUAUAUUUGAAGGGAUUAAUAGAUAGAGAUCGAAUCCAAGCAAAAAAUAUACCAAAGUAUUAUAACAACUACUUUAUUUCGAUAUCCUAUAAAAGUACUGAACGACCCCAAAUACAAUCUAAAACCCAUUCUCUUUUGAGCCGUGGAAUGGUAUCUUGAGCUUACAACACUAAAAUCUAGCUUUUAAGAUAUAUACUUCUAGUAAUAUUCGAAAAAAUAAGGAAGAAUUUCAAAAAGUACACAAACGUAUACACACGAUAAAAAUUUGAGAUUUAAUGUAGUUUAUAAGAACGAGUAAAUCUUAUUGUUACUACUAGCAGUUUAUUUACUAAAUUUUUGAAAAUUUAAUUCUUUUCAUAUAUUAGUACGUACAUAUAUACAUUCAUAUACAUUAAGGUUAGAUACGAUUGGAGAAACUAACUUAUUUUUAUUACAGUCGAAAAAAAUGCUGUUUUUUUAAAUACGAUUGUGUUUUAGUUGUUAUUAUAGAAGAAAAUCAUACUGUAUUGACAUUCUGUGAUUUUUUAAAUGUUUACUGCGCUCAAGCUAAUGCGAAGAGUGAAAAAAACAACAAGAAUUUGUUUUGAAUGCGCGGGAAACACUGAAUUGAACGAACAAACAAAGCGGAAGUGAACGUAAUAUAGGAGACAACAAAGAAUAUUUAGAACUGAUAAUAUGUAAGGCAAGGAAAAUUACCAUCAAUUUUUUGUUCUUAUGUUAUGUAGAAAUAUCGUACCGUUAAUUUAAAGUUACUAAGCAUGUAUUUGUACAAAAAAAAUAUUUGAUACAUAAAAUAUUUUUAUCAUUUA